AGUGAUUUGGUACAACUGAUUUCUCCCGUCAUAACACAGCGAAAUAUGCAAAUGAGGGAACGUAUCAGUGCGGAAGAACGGAUAUUAACCACUUUGAGGUAUGAGAAUGAUAACCCAUUUCCCCAUUAUUUUAUAGCAGAUGAUGUGUUCCGCUUAUCACGCUACUUAAUGAGAUCAUUCUCUAAAAAGUGUCUCGAUAAUGUGAAAAGAAUUUCCAACUACCACUUAAGCAGAGGAAGGAAAACGAUUGAAUGUGCAUCUGGAAUGGCUUCAGAAAAUUUUCACUUUUUAAAUAGCCCAAUACGUUGCAAGAAUCCUGUCAGAGUGAAUGAUGUUAUCAAAGCUGUUUGCAUUCUCCACAAUUAAAUACGAAAAUGUGAAAGUGUAGAAUAUGCAUCUACACAUUUGCAAGAAA